ACGACGCCAAAUUCAAAGAAAAAGACGACCGAACUUCGUGGAGAAUCGAAGGGAGAUUUGUCCUCACAAUCUUCAAGAACGAAACCGUCUUCUUCGUCGAAAGCGGAAAAGGUCGCGUAGCGAAACGGAACGAAUAGAUACAUACAUAUAUAUAUAUACAUAUAUAUACAACAGUCUUAACAGUUUUGUUCCUUUCUAUGCGUGGAUUUCUACCUGGAGACAAUGACACUUUCCGUUUUGCUCGUAAAACCAUUGAAAUUGGCCGUGAAAAUCGGUAGAGAGUAGAAACGAAGACGACGGUAAUGAAAUGGUUUAUGAAUUUUUUAACAAAAAUUGUUUAAAAUACGCGCACUUUUUUUUAAUUAAUUCCACUGUAAGAUAUCGAGUUCAAUGAUUUUUGAAUGAUUUUAAUAAUCAUUCAUUUUCUUUUCUUUUCCUUUUUUUUUUGACGUACGAAAAUUCGUUUUUUUUCCAAGGAAAUAGAAAUAAUUCGAUAUCGAUGCUCAGCUCGAACCUUGCGUAACGGUUUUUCGAACGAGCGGAUGCACAAAUUUCUCUUAAACGAAAGUUCUUUGUGCCAUAAUUAGUACGUGUAUAGUACGAGGAGCGCACGAACGGGCUUCCAAUUGUUACUUUGCUUUUUUUUUUUACAUUAAUUUCGUCCAUCGACGUAUAUAGAUCGAUAUUAGUCGAUAUUAUAGUAUGUAUGUAAAUAGACAUGAUCGACAGAGAAACGAUUGGUCGAUUGUUAAUAUAUCGAAUGCAAGGAUAUCUUAUGCGAGAUCGUUUGCAGAAAAAGAAAAUAUAUUGUCGAGCAUGUUACUAUUAUUACCUCGAUGACUAUAAAUAAUUUUCAAAUUCAACCGCAUAAGCAACGACGAUUAUUAUACAAUGUCUCGGUAUAUAUAGAAUCGAGAAUAUCAUCUAUUCUAUCAUAUUCCUUUUCUCACGGAAUUUAUGUUAGCGUUGACCCCAACGUGCGUUGGAGGUAAUGAAAAAAAGAUGACGACGACGACGAAGAAGAAGAAGACGAAGAGAAGGGAAAGGUAAAAGAAUAUCGAGCGAAAGGGAAGACAAACUAGGUCCUGGUCAAUAGCGUGGGAGUUAAAAUAUGUAUAAAAAGGGGUUCCGUAGGUUGAGAAUCACUGGUACGCUCGGUACCUGCAGGUACGAACAUGCAGCGUGCACCUGUGUGCCAAGAUGGACGUCAUGUAUAUACACUUGCCUGCCUCGGUAGAAGUCAGUGCGCAUGCGCGACCGCUCGUGACCAGUCGCGCGACUCCGUUCUCGGUCGGCCGUUUCGCUCGCUUUCGCGCUGCGACUCACGCCGUGUUCGGUCUGUCGCUCUUCUUCUCUUCCUCAGUUUUUCCGUAGUCUCUUAUUCGUACGGUUGUUUGUUUCUCCUUUCGUUCGUUCGUUCGUUCGUUUUUUUAUUCGUUACAUAUACCUUUUACCAUAGUCUCGACGACUGUUAUUUCUAUGCUUCAAAUUUCUCUCCCUCAUUCCUUUUACCUCUCCCUCUUGUCCACUUGUUAUUACCGUUAGUCCAAAUGAAGCAUCUCCUUUUUUAUUUUCUUUCCUCGCACGAACGAACGGGGACGAGUCAAACGCACAGGUGUUUAUAUCAAUCUCUUGGCUGACAAGUCUCUACGGAAUAAAAACGUAUUAUCAUCUUAUACGAAGAGCCAUUUACGAAACACAACGAACAUCACAACUAUCUUACAACAUUCGAAAAUAAAUCUCGUUUAUAUAAAAUCGUGACGCGUACAUCUUUCUUCUACAAUUGGAAUAUAUCUGGGAAAUAUAUAUUCUCUACCAUUCACUUCAUCCCUGGCUUACAUCUUCUGAAUCAUCAUUAUCUUCGUCAUUAUUUCAAGUUAUUUAGUUACAUGGAUAAAGUUGUAGAAGCAAGUCGUCGUCGUAUACCAUGAUGUGUCCUGUCUCUUCCUAAAAAGGUGGAGAAUAUCGUGAUCGGAUAAACGAAGGAUGGUAAGCUCCCGUUCUUCGUCAACGGCUAUUGACGAUAAGAACGAAGAGAACGAGGAAAAGAAAAGGAGAGAAAAAGAAGAGGAAGAAGAAGAGGAGGAAGGUGUAAACGGUGGUAACAACAGAGAUCAUCCGUCGUUGCUGUCUACCGUAGAGGUAUUAGAUAUUGUUGGCGAAGCAACAAGCAGCGCCAUCUCGCCGAGAAAGAAACAAAACUUUAAGAGCGUGGACAAGGACGAGGGGAAGGGGAAGGGGGGAAGGAGGACGAACGCUGCCAUCGCCGACGACGACGACGACGACGACGACGCCGCCGCCACCACCGCCGCCGCCGAAUGGGGCCGACGGAGCAACAGCGGGCCACCUCCCUCGCUCUCAAUGUCGUUAGACCUGCAGAAUCAUCCGAUCGGUAGCGCAAGUCCGCAAAACGACUCUGGAGAUUAUUCGAAUAUCGGUAGCGGCGGCACCGGCGGUGGUGAUGGUGAUGGUGGUGCCGGUAAUGGUCCAGGUCCAGUUUCAGACCCAGAUCCACUUAUUAUAACCGAAACUAACAACAACAAUAACAACAACAACAACAACAACGCUCUUUCCUCUUGCAAUAUAAAACUUAUUGGUAAUAAUCGAGAAGAAGAGGAGAGUUACGAGGGCUUUGGCUUUGGCUCCGACUUCGGUUCCAGUUCUGGUUUCGGUUCCGUCGAAGUUGACGCCGACGUUGAACCCGAAGACAGCCGAGACGACGCCGACUCACCUGGUGGCAGUAGUUCGGCACCCUCUCCUACUGGUAGCAAUCCUUUCAGCAGAAAUCCGAGAAGUCCGAAUUCGACCAUAGGAAGGCAUUCCUGGCUUCGAACGUCCCUCAGACGAACACCCCCAUGUUCCGGGAGAAAACGGAUCAGUUCAAAUGCAUUAGCGAGUCAACUCUAUCGCAGCGGUAGCUUCAAUAGUUCGGGAAGAGGCUCGAACUGCGACAAUACGGACGAUAUGUACAGCGAUGUGUCUCUUGAGGAAGACUUUAUCGAUCUCAAUCAUAGGGUCCAAAUGAUUCAAGAGCAAAUGCACGCAUUGGCCGAUACACAAUCGGUCGGUGAGGAAAGAUACGCUAGAGUUAAACAAGAAAAUGCUACUUUACAAGCAAGAAUAUUGAUGUUAGAAGAAGCUGCGAAAGAUGCCGAAACUAGAGCUGAAGAACGAUUACAGGCAGAACAAAGAAGGCACAGAGAAUUGGCCAGUCGUUUGGAAAGAGAAAAACAGUUACAAUUAGAAAAUUAUGCAAUUAAAUUACAAGCAAUUGAAUUAGAAAGUUCUAGUUUGAGGGAUGAAAUAGGAAGAUUAAGAGAGCAACUAGAAAGAGUUAAAAACGACAAGGCCUCCCUUGAAAUAGAACUCAAAGAUUCUCAAAGCGAAGCAAAUACUGCCAGAGAAAACGAAAAACAAGCAGUGGCUAGAGCUAAUGAAGCUCAUCAUAUGCUUCAAGUGGCGAAGGAGGAAUUAAUAAUUAGAGCUGAUAAUCAACAGAGACUUGAAGAACUUGAACAACAAGUUAUUCAUCUUCAAGCACGUAAUAAAAGUUUAGAAGAGACACGAGACGAGUUGCAAGCUGCUGCUGCUGUACAAGCAGGUCGAGAACUUUUAAUGUUAAAUCCUUGUAGUAAUGGUACUGAAAAAGGACCUAGUCUAGCAGCCGAAUUAUUGGCUGGUAUGAGUCAAGAUCAGAUGGAUGGUCAUGCAAUUGAAGAAUAUGAACCACCAUAUAGUAUUUCGGAACUGAAACAGGCUUUGAAAGAACAACAGGAAGUCAACGCGCAAUUAAGAGCAUAUAUCGAUGGGAUUUUAUUAAAUAUUGUUGAAAAUUAUCCACAACUGCUUGAGGUGAAACAAGCACACUAAUUGUGGAACAUUUAUAAACAAUUAGAAAAUUUUGAAAUGAUCUUUGAAAAUAGAAGGCAUUGUACAUUAAAUUUCUUUACUGAAAUUACUGUUUAUACAUUUAUAUAAAUUAUUCUACUAUAGUUGUAUACAUAUAUGUACAAGGUGACUCAAGUUUUUCAAAUUAAAAUUUGAGUAACUUAUUCUGCGAGUUGUUCACAGAAUAUUUUGUUAUAAUUUGGUCAAGAGAAAAAACAUGAAAAACAUGUGAUAUCCUGUACAUGUAUACACACAUAAAAAUAAUUCGGGAAAAUAGUUUCCGUCCAUAUAAAUUUAAAACUCUGUAAUCUCUAUGUGAUGUGUGAAAUUGGAAUUUCGGACUGUCAUCUUUGUCAUUUGUAUUAUUUAUUUUAUUAUAUAAUGGCAGGAUGAGAGUAAAUAGGUUGAAAGUGUGGCAUUAUUAUUGCCAAUUGUUUCAAAUAAUGAAUGCGUAUAUUAUAUUAAGAAAGUACACAAAAGGCCUUCAUAUAUAUUAUUAUUAUUAAUAUUAUUAUUAUCUCAAAUUGAAAAGUUUUAUGACAUCGUAAUCGACGAACUAUCAUCAAAGAAAAGAUGUAAUUAUUCGUUAUUGCACCUUUUUUCUUAUCAUUUUGGAAAGAACAAUUAAAUUUGAUAGUCAAGUAUUUAAUAAUAAUUCAAUAUGUGAUAAUGUACAGAUGAAUCCGAUGUAUCGAUAAUUUACAAAAAUAUCUUUUCAUUUCAUAGAUUUCAUGAUGAUACGUCGUAAUGAUAAAAUGGUAAAGACCAUUUUAUCUAGGAGAAAGAAAUACUAUUUUCGGCUUGUAAUUGAUUGUGUGAAUCGAAUUUAAUUUUUAAAUAAAUAUCAUUCGCGAGUUACCUAUAUAGACUUGACAAAGAGGUGAUGUAUGACUGCGUUAUGUAUCACGGCAUCUGUGAUACAAGAAAUAGUACCUAUUAAAUUAAUAUUUAGUAUUUUCACCUAUAGAGUAUUUUAGGUCUUUAUACUGAAAGCUAUUAAAGUUGCGAAUAAAUCGUUAUAUUUUGA